AUGGCCACUUCUGUCGCCAACACCGUUCGAAACAUUGGAAAUUCAGCCGCCGAGUCUGUCCAAAGUAUGGCUCAAAACAAGAAGAUCGCGGACCUGGAAAAGAACAAGAAGGAUCAGCAAGAUACCAAGCAGAACACGACCACUGAUUGGGGUGCCAAAGUUUCAGAUGUUGACCACUGGCUGAAGAUUGCCGAUGACAAGAGUGGCAGAAUUGGACCUUCGUUCCUUGAAGACCAGGUCGCCCGAGAACGCAUUCACCGCUUUGAUCAUGAGCGUAUCCCUGAGCGAGUGGUCCAUGCAAGAGGCGCGGCUGCUCACGGUCACUUCAAACUAUUCGAGAGUGCCGAAGAUGUCACCAGCGCUGGCGUAUUGACAGACACCUCGCGGACCACCCCCAUCUUUGUCCGGUUUUCCACAGUGCAAGGAAGCAGAGGCAGUGCAGACACUGUGCGUGACGUCAGAGGCUUUGCUGUCAAGUUCUACACGGAGGAGGGUAAUUGGGAUAUUGUGGCGAACGAUAUUCCAGUGUUUUUCAUCCAAGACGCCAUCAAGUUUCCGGAUCUCGUUCAUUCCCUUAAGCCAGAGCCGGAUAAUGAAGUCCCACAGGGCCAAACGGCCCACAAUAACUUUUGGGAUUUUGCAUUCUUACAUCAAGAGGCAACCCAUAUGUUCUGCUGGGCGAUGUCUGACAGAGGCAUACCCCGUUCUUACCGCAUGAUUCAGGGGUUCGGCGUCAACACCUUCGCUCUCAUCAAUGCCAAGGGGGAAAGAACAUAUUGCAAGUUCAUCUGGACCCCCGAGCUUGGCGUCCAUUCACUUGUUUGGGACGAGGCUCUGAAAUUGGCCGGUCAAGAUCCAGACUUUCAUCGCAAAGAUUUGUGGGAGGCUAUCGAAAACGGCGCAUAUCCGAAGUGGAAAUUCGGUCUGCAGUGCAUCAAGGACGGUGACCAAGAUAAGUUCGACUUUGACAUUCUCGAUGCGACAAAAUUAUGGCCCGAGGAGCAGGUCCCUAUCCGCUACAUUGGCGAACUUGAACUCAAUCGCAACGUCGAUGAAUACUUUGCCGAAACCGAACAGGUGGCUUUCUGCACCAGCCACAUCGUCCCUGGCAUUGACUUCAGUGAAGACCCUCUCCUCCAGGGUCGGAACUUUUCCUAUCAAGACACUCAAAUUACACGCUUAGGCGUGAACUGGGAAGAACUACCCAUCAAUCGCCCGGUCUGCCCGGUGCUGAACUUCAACCGAGAUGGGCAGCUCCGCCAUACCAUCACCAAGGGCAAAGCCAAUUACUGGCCCAACAGAUGGGAGGCCAACCCGCCAACGAACCAUAGCGGUUCAGGAGGGUUCGAAUCAUACCCCGCGCAAUACCCAGGCAUCAAGGCGCGCAAACUCACCGAGAAAUGGAAGGAUUAUCUCUCACAAGCGCAACUAUUUUUCAAUUCUAUGUCCGACAUUGAGAAGAAGCAUAUUAUCGAGGCCUUCUCCUUUGAGCUGGAUCACUGCGAUGACGAAAUAGUGUACGAGCGCCUAGUGACGCGCCUGGCAGAGAUUGAUUUAUCUCUGGCUCAGGCCGUGGCCAAGAAUUGUGGUGCAAAGACACCUGAGACACAGGUGGUUCCCAAUCACGGCAAAAAAGCCAAGGGUCUCAGUCAAUUUGACUACAUGCCCCAGGAGCCAACCAUUAAAGGCCGGCGUGUUGCCAUUUUGAUUGCGGACGGAUUUGACCUCAAGGCAUACGAGGCUAUGAAGGCGGCAGUUCUUGCGCAGAGCGCUGUGCCCUGGACGAUCGGGACAAAACGACAGCCUCUCGUCGCCUCAGAUGGUUCGUCGCAGGUAAAGCCCGACCACUUCCUCAACGGCCAGCGAUCUACCAUGUUCGACGCCUUGUUUAUCCCUGGUGGCGCUGAAUCCAUCAAUACACUAAAGGAAAUCGGUCUCGCGCGAUUCUGGGUCAAAGAAGCUUUUGGUCACCUGAAGGCCAUUGGCGCUGUGGGCGAGGGGGUGAAACUCGUCCAUGCCGCCCUGACCGAGGUCAAGAACGUGACUUUGUCUUCUGAAGUAAGCGACGGAGUGGUGGAUUGGUAUGGCGUUGUCACGGCUCAGAAAGCAGAUUCCGGGAGCAGCGUCAAGGAAAGUGUCAAGAUGUUGAAGGAGGCAAAGGACUUUACAAGCAAAUUCUUCUGGAAUAUCUCCCAGCAUCGGAAUUACCCACGAGAGUUGGAUGGUUAUGCCGAGCAGGUGUCCAUCUAG